AUGAGCACCUCGGAUUAUGUGUUGGUGGGAGACCACAACCUGUACUCAUCAAGUGAUGCCAAUUCUCAGUGGAUGCAGAUUGCUGAAAUUGUGAGUCAUCCGUCCUAUGAUUCUAAUACACUGGACAACGACAUUGCCCUCAUCAGACUCACCACAGAAAUACAGUUCCCAUCUGACAACAAAAUCGCCCCUGUGUGCCUUCCAACAGCUGGUGAAAUGUAUGAUAAUGUAGAUGCCACAAUCACAGGAUGGGGAGCCCAACAGGAGGGAGGAUCCACAUCCGGUACCUUGUUCGAAGUAACAGUGCCCACCAUGACUAACACCGAAUGCAAUAACAAGUAUGGAGGAAGCAUCACUGACAACAUGAUCUGCGCAGGCAUUCCUGAGGGAGGCAAGGACUCCUGUCAGGGAGACUCUGGUGGACCAAUGGUGGUGGAAGAAAACGGCAAGUGGAAGCUGGUGGGAGUUGUGUCGUGGGGAUAUGGCUGUGCUCGACCUGAUAGGCCCGGAGUUUAUGCAAGAGUUACACGUGAGUAA